AUGUUUCCCCCCACAGCUAUCACGGCAUUGAACGAGCACUUUGGUUGGCGGUAUAGCCUGCUGACGGUGGGCGCCCUGCAGCUGAACAUUGUGGUGUGCGGAGCGUUACUCAGACCCCUCAGUCCUCGGGAAGACCCCCCCAGGGCAGAGAACACGCAGAGCACAUACAUGUUGGAGAACGAGCAGACGCUGACCUCUCUGGACUCCAUAGAUUCUGGAGUGGAAGUGAAUGGGAUGGGGAGUGGGACUCCGGAGAGGAAAGAGAAGACGGAAGUCCAUGGGAAGACCUCGGCUCCUCUUCUAGACUUCUCCGUGUUAAGGAACACGGGUUUCAUAUGUUACGCUCUGUUUGGUCUGUUUGCCACGCUUGGUUUCUUUGCCCCCUCGCUGUAUAUCAUCCCACUGUGCCUGAGUCUGGGAAUAGACAAGGACUCCGCCGCAUACAUGUUGUCCUCCAUGGCCAUCGCCGAGGUGUUUGGCCGGAUCGGUGCCGGUUGGAUAUUGAACAGGAAGCCGAUCGGCAAGCUUGCCAUUGAGCUGAUCUUCGUGCUCCUCCUGUGCCUGGCUCUCCUGGCUUUCCCCUUCACCGGAACCUUCUGGGGGCUGGUGGCGUGUAGCGUGUUCUUCGGGUGUAUGCUCGGCACCGUCACCGGCACGCACAUCCCCCUGGUGGCCGAGGAAGACGUGGUCGGCAUUGAGAAGAUGUCCUCGGGAGUCGGAGUCUACGUCUUCAUCCAGAGUCUGGCCGGCUUGGCUGGACCGCCACUCGCAGGAGUGCUGGUGGACUGGAGCCAGAAUUACGGCUCGGCGUUCUACUCUUGUGCUGCUGGAAUGGCUAUGGGGGCCUUGUUCCUGGCACUGGUGAGACCUUCCAGGAUGGGACUAUGCCGGAAGAAGGAACCCCGUAUGUGCCGAGACACUCAGGACAUGCCGCUGGAUUAUCUGGAAAUGGACAUGGCAAAGGGAGAGGGACUUGGGAAAAGCUGCCAAAGUCUCAGUGCUACACCAUAA